AUGGAUGAAACUGGGUUCAUUCUUAUACCUAAACUAGAAAAAGUUAUUGCAAAAAAAGGCUCGCAUCAGGUCCAUAAAGUUGCACAUGGGAACUCUCAUGAACAUAUUUCAGUUGCACCAACAAUCUUAGCCACUGGCUCAUACAUUCUGCCUUUAGUUAUCUAUAAAUAUGAUAAAUAUCAUAAUACUACUAGCAAAGUAGUAACAAAAUACACCUUCGCAAAACUUUUUGGACCAGCUUUUAUUGAGACUUAUGCACUGUCUGCUAUUUGUAAUGCUUUUAAAGCUACAGGAAUAUGGCUGUUUAACUCUAAGACCAUUAGUCCCGAUCAUUUAAACCCUUCACUAGCAACAGAACAAUUCGAUAUUGUACCUUCUCCUAGCCAGCUUUCAAAACUGAUUAUGUCUUCUCUACAAUCAACUACUAAACUAAAUCAUUUUCAUUAUACCUGCAUAAAUUUUAUCCAGUUAAUAUCAGAAAAUGAGAUGCUUAAAAAUGAAAUUAAAUUACUAAAAGUUCAACUUACAGCAACCCAAGAGGAAUUAGAAACCUAUAAAAGUCUCGGAACAAGUUCUUUAUACUCAGUUUUCAAGUACAUCUCUCAUGUUCCACAAGCUGGACCUUCAGAUAUUUCUUCAGUGAACCAACAAGAGCCUAGUCCCUUCUUUAAAAAAAGAAAGACAUUUCUAUUUGCACAACUUCUUACUAAUGAUGAAAGUUGGCAAAAGUUGAAAGAGACAAAUAAAGAAGCAGAAAGGAAAGUUGAAGAGGUGAAAUGGAAAAAAGUGUUGGCAGCCCAGAAAAAAAUCAAACGACAGCAAAAAUUAGAACAAAAAAAGGAAGAGCAUGAGUGA